AUGGCGAAAGUUGCAGUUAAAGGAAAACGGAGCCGAGUUGUUCUGACGCUUGCUGCAAAAGCAAAAAUCCUACAGGAUCUCGACAGAGGGGUUCCUGUGAUCGAAAUUAGGCGAAAGUAUAACAUCGCUGAAUCGACUGCAUACGACCUGAAGAAAAACAAAGUGAAAAUUAUCGAGCAAAUCGCACAGCGUCAACUUCGGAUGGACAAACGGAAAACGUUCAAAAGGGCUAAAUAUCCUCUUCUCGACGAAGCCUUGUACAUUUGGUUUCUUCAGAAACGUGAAUGCCAUAUCCCUGUAAGCCAGGAUUUACUAACGGUUCAGGCAACAAAGCUGUACGAAAAAUUGUACAAAGAUGGGGAGUUCAAAGGGAACCGUGGAUACAUCGUUAAUUUCAUCAAGCAACACAACAUCAGGUUCCUGAAAAUAACUGGAGAGAAACUCUCCAACAAUGCUGCUGCAGUUGAUACAUACAUUGAACAUUUUGCAGCGUUCGUUCGGCAUCUAUCUCCCAGCCAAAUUUUCAACGCGGACGAGAGUGGGCUUUAUUUCAAGUGUACUCCUUCGUCAACAUUUUUCUCGAUGGACGAAUCAUCAGCUCCAGGAAGGAAGGGGAACAAGGAGCGUGUGACGUUUAUGCCUUGCGCAAAUGUCGAUGGCUCGUUGAAACUUCCUCUAAUGAUGAUUGGAAAGUCUAAACGACCAAGAGCAUUGAAAACAUCCAUGAGCUGCCCCGCUGACGAGCUUAGAACUGCAGAUGGAGCUUUCUCUACGAUCUUCCUACCACCAAACACAACAGCCUUGUUACAGCCAAUGGACCAGAACAUAAUCCAGAUGGUAAAGUGCAACUACAAGCAAAAGCUUAUGCGUGAGCUUCUUGGGCGCCAAGGAGAAUUUGACGACAUGGUGAAGAAAAUCAAUAUCAAGGAUGCCAUGUUUUGGGUAUCCGAGGCUUGGGACGAUGUACCGGCUGAUUCCAUGACCAAAUCAUGGAAAAUGUUGUAUAGAGAACCUGAAUUCGAUGAUGAAGAUGACAUCCAGUUGUCGGUUGUACGGGAAAUCUUACUUUCGAUUCAACAGAAAUUGGCGGUUCAGGACAUUACCAUAAAUGAAGAGGACGUGGAGUUUGAUAUAGUGAACAUCGUUAUGCACCCAAACACAUCAUUCUACGAUGGCGAAAACACCUUUUCAAUUGUCGAGCAAACAAAUAUAUCAACAGAAUCACAACAAAUUGAUCUGGACGACGAAGCUGAAAACAGUGUUUCAAAUAAAACAGCUUUAUCAGGAAUCGGUCAAGUAAUUGCUUGGGCCAAGGAUGUUAACGAUCAUCCAAUAUAA